GCCACGCGGCAAAAAACAGUUAAGGUUAUAGUCGAAGUAGGCCGGGUCGCAAAACAUCCAAAGAAGAAUUUUUGAUGGAAAAACGCUCUGAAAGGAUCGGCCAACGGCUUCGGGCCUUGGAAAUGGCAAUAGAAACGAACUCGAAGCAGCUGGAGGAGAACAGAAAACAGACUGCUAGGAAUAUGGCUUUGGUGAAGAAGGUUUUCUUGGAGGGGAAAGCAAAAAAUGUGCGUCAGGCGUUCCCAGUCUCAUCGGAUAAGGACCUUGCAGAUUUAGAGCUGAAAAUAAGCGAGUCCGUAGAGUCCAAAAAACGCUACAUUAAAGAAGUAAAAAACCUUUUAAAGCGCAACAUCUUGUCGAAGGCAAUCAAGAGCGUUGCGGAGGAACAGCUCUUGUGCGCUUACAAUAUAGGCGGCCGCAACGGGAAGAAGGCUUUAAAAUCAUUUCCACAAUUCUUCUCAGUUUUGAUUGAGUGCAUUGCUUCGUUGGUAGGCCAGCAGGAAGCGGAGAAGGCCCUGUCCCACGCACUUACAUGCGUAAAAAAUAACGCAAACAAAAAAAAGAAUAAAACUAUGUAAAAUAAUGAAAGUACAUACAUACAUACAUAUGUAUGUAUCUGCUUCGAUUCCCGUUCCCCCCAAAAAUCCCUUACAAAUCUUGACAACAAUUCAAACUACCAGUCAACCAUAAGAAACCUUGGGUCUAACCACUUUCCAAAAAUGAACCUUAUCUGGAUCCUCAGUGACAUUAAGAAAUUCAUAUGUACACACUUCUCCUAAAACACUACAACAUACAGCAGAAGAGCCCAAAUCCUUAUGAAGAGGCUCGCGCUUGGACACACCACACCUCACAAAUGCCAAUUAUUUUAUUGAUUUAUUUAAAACCAUAAAUCAAAUUGUAGAACGUGGCGCUUAACGAGGAGAUGGCCAUUAUGUUGGGAUGCCUAUGAAGCCUCUUGGUAUAUUGCUCGCUGCUCUUCUUCACCUCUUCACUGACCCAAGGGAAGCCCAGGAUCUCGUGGAUGGUGGCUUUGUCGUGCAGCAGGUGGGCGGUACGGCUUGCAGGUGAGACUCCUGUCGACGGUGAUACCGAGGUAAUUCGGAGUGGCUUCUUCUGGCAUUGUGGCGUCGCCCAGGCUGACGAAGGGACAGUGACCGGGUCGGAAUGAAAAUGUGGAAGCCGUUGACAUAUCACUGUUGCCCGCUAAGUUCCACCUUUUCUGCCAGGAGUUGAGCAGGCCAGACUGUAUUAGCGCGGAGGCCUCGAUUUUUGUGUCCCAGGAAGACUGUGCCGUCUGCGUUUGCAGCUGCCAUUAAGGAUGGGCUCUGCAACACAUGAAGAUUUGCCGGGAGCGCGCUUCAUUAUACUAAAUCAUCACUAAACGCGCAUCAUUAUACUACAUCAUCACUAAGCAACAGGAGCUCAAAAUAUGACUGGUGUUAACUUAUAAGUUAAGUUCAAGCACUGGUUCAGGAACCCAACACAUGCCUGUGCAUUAUCAACCAUUCCCAGAUAAACAUUAAACACAUCAUAAUUAACUGUCCUCCCCUUUCCCUACUUAGAACGGUUGCUCUUCAUACAACCUGAACAAUUAACAAUUCAACAAAACUCCAACCAUGUCCAUAAAAUAUAAAGCUUCAUAUGCAUUAGCUCUCAUACACUGUAAAAAUCAUUGUCAUUGACCUUAUAUGUAGCUUAAUAUAAAUAA